AUGAGAUGAGAGAAGGGGAAAGGUAAUUAAUAGGUGAACAUGGAACAUAAAUUAUAGAAUGAGGAGAAUUCUCUGGUUUAUUUCUUCUUGUCACUGCUGUAGUAACCUGUGACACCAGCAGAGGACGCUGUCAGCUGCUCCUGUCACAGACAGAGCUUCAGUGGAAACACUGACCGUGUCCAGGAGAGGAGGAGGACGGAGGAUCUGCUGGACUCAGAGGAUCAUUUAAAGGUUCUGUAGGAUCUGUUGGACUCAGAGGAUCAUUUAAAGGUUCUGUAGAAUCUGUUGGAGUCAGAGGAUCAUUUAAAGGUUCUGUAGGAUCUGUUAGAGUUAAAGGAUCAUUUAAAGGUUCUGUAGAAUCUGUUGGACUCAGAGGAUCAUUUAAAGGUUCUGUAGGAUCUGGAUCUUCUGCAGGAUCAUGUCUCGCAGGAGGAUGGAAACUAAGCCAGUGAUUUUCUGUGUGAAGACGCUGCUGCUGCUCUACUCCUUCAUCUUCUGGGUGACAGGUGUGGUGCUUCUGUCGGUGGGGUUAUGGUGGAAGUUCAUGUUGGACCCCUACAUGUUACUGAUCUCCAGUAGCCCCUCCCACACUCCGUAUGUCCUCGCCGGCACCGGCGCUGCCAUCGUGCUGUUUGGACUGUUCGGCUGCUUCGCCACCUGCAGGGGGCGCCCCUGGAUGUUGAAACUGUACGCUGCGUUCUUGUGUCUGGUCUUCAUGACGGAACUCAUCGCUGGAAUCUCUGGAUUCAUCUUUCGUCACGAGAUCAAAGGGACUUUUCUCACCACGUACAGUGAAGCAGUGAUGAACUAUAACGGACGAGACGACAGGAGUCUGGCUGUGGACAGUGUCCAACGUAGAUUACACUGCUGUGGAGUUUACAACUACACCACCUGGUUCAGCAGCGUCUAUUUUCCUGUCAGUGGGAUUCCUGCCAGCUGCUGCGUUAGUUUCUCCGACUGCAGUGGAGACGACCUGAAGAACACAACGCUGGCCUCACGAAAAGUCUACAAACAGGGUUGUUAUGAGCUGGUGACGUCGUUCAUCGAGAGCAACAUGGGAAUCAUCGCUGGAGUCACGUUCGGAGUCGCCUUCUCUCAGUUGCUCGGAGUGUCUCUGGCCUGUUGUCUUUCUCGCUUCAUCAACGCCAACCAGUACGAGAUGGUUUAACAGGGAAACGACCAGGAUGCUCGUCACCAUGGAGACCUGAGGAAACACACACACCCCUUCCUGGAAGCUGAUUGGUCGUCUGUUGCCCUUUGUGUGAUGUGGACGUUCAGGUGGAGCAAUGAUCAAUAAUCAAUAUUAACUUUAGCGUGAAGUCAUGGUGCCACCGGGGGGCGCCAACCUGAACCCUGUCCUGUCGCUUUGAUCCAGAACAACAAUGAACUGUGAAGUCGUCAUUUCCUGUGUCAUAGUUUUUGUCCUUGAGGGGCCCGAUGUUCACCUGGACCCCUGAAAACAUUUCCACAGCCCUGCUGCUUUAUUUUUCAUUUUAUUUGACUUUUAUUUACAUUUGAUUAACUCUUUUUCUUUUUCUUUAUAUUUAUCCACAUUUUAUCGAUGUGGUUAUUUCUCUGUUGUGAAAUAAAAAGUAAUGUGAUGAUGGAACUUUGUGAAACGACAGAAAAUAAACACGAAAA